AUGGGCAGCCCAAAGACACGAUCGUAUUUUUCAGAGCUAACAUGGUUCAAAGUCGCCCUGUACACAAUAGCAGUCGUUUAUUUUACGUUGGGGAAUAUCGUAGCGUUCGCAGAGCCCUUUCUAGACACUCCUUGUGAAGAACCAAAGCCCGAAUUAGAUUUUCCAAAUGUGGCAUAUGCGGGGCAUCUUUGUCGGCACGUUCGGUACAAAGUAUUGCUCGGAUUGAAUCGAGAGGAAUGUAUAUGGGCUCGGCGUUUGUUUGUAGCCGUUAUGCUUGGUGCACUUAUUGGGUGGGAACGACGACAAGGAGAUCGACCUGCAGGUAUUCGAACUAUGAGUAUGGUUAGUUUAGGAUCGUGUCUCUUCACGAUCAAUUCUACGUAUGCAUUUUUGGAUGGCCCGAUGACAUGGGACUCUUCUCGAGUUUCAGCUGCCAUUCCAAGUGGUGUUGGUUUCCUAGGCGCCGGGUUGAUAUUCAAGAAAGAAGAACGAAGUGCGGCCGGAGAUUCGAAUCAUGUCGUUCACGGGUUAACGACUGCAGCUUCGCUAUGGAUCUCGGCAGCUGUUGGAGUUGCAGUUGGUGGCGGUCUUUACUUUCCUGCUACCUUUGGAGUAACGGUGUUAAUGCUGGUUUUGAGGUUUGCCCCACGUGGCACAGAUGAUACUUCCGAAGACGAUGACAGCGAUGGCGACCCCGAAGCGGAAAUUUCGUACGAAAGUCUGAAACGGAACGACUACAGCACAACCGAUCACUCGGAAGCUAUACCGCUAUCAGCUCAUGGAAAAAAGAAGAGUUUUCGCGCCCGCAAAUCCUUGGCCAGUGAUGACUAG